UUGAUUGCUAACAACUUCACCACCAACCUCAUCGAUCUCACCUUGUGAACUCUGGCCAUGGCGCUAUAGUUUCAGAGAAACCAGUUGCGAAACCCUAGGCCAUGCAAUCGAAAACCCUAAAUUUCACGACUUCAAACUUUAACCCUAAAAAAACAGAGAACCCCAUCUGCAAAAGAAGCAAACCCAAUCCCACCAUUUUUCAACAAUGGGCUUCUCCUCCACAUCUCCCAAGGACUCAUCAGAAACCCUGGAAACCACCCCACUGAACCCGAAUUCUCUCUCUACCCAGAUCCCCCCUGAUUCCUUCCACCUUGCAUACAUCAUUUACUUCAUCCUAGGGGCAGGAUUCCUCGUCCCAUGGAAUGCCUUCAUCACCGCAGUCGAUUACUUUGCCUACCUCUACCCUGGCGUCGCAGUGGACCGAGUAUUUGCAGUGACAUACAUGUUGGUGGCUCUGAUUUUUCUGCUGAUAAUUAUAAGGGUGGCCGAGAAAUCGAGGGCAUAUAUAAGGAUAAACCUUGGGCUAGUGAUGUUUGUUGUUUCUCUAGUGGUUGUUCCAGUUAUGGAUGUGUGUUAUGUGAAGGGGAGGAGGGGAUUGUAUGGUGCGUAUUAUGUGACGGUGGUUGCGACUGGAUUGUCUGGAAUGGGGGAUGCACUGGUGCAGGGCAGUUUGAUCGGGUCCGCCGGAGAGCUGCCGGAGAGGUACAUGCAGGCUGUUGUCGCUGGGACUGCCGCUUCGGGUGUGCUUGUCUCCCUAAUGAGGAUCAUUACCAAAUCCAUCUUCUCUCAAGAUGCCCAUGGUCUAAGGCGCAGUGCCAACCUUUACUUUGGUGUGAGCAUCGCGUUCAUGAUUGUCUGCCUCAUUUGCCACAACGUGACACACACGCUUCCCAUUAUUCGGUACUACAAAAACCUCAAAGUAAAGGCCAUAACCGUUGAAGAGGAUGAGGAGAAGAAUGAGAAGGAGACCCAUGUCUGGUCAUCCAACUUAUGGCAUAUAAUAGGGAGAAUAAAGUGGUUUUGUUUCGGGGUGGGCCUCAUUUAUGUGAUUACCCUCUCAAUAUUUCCAGGUUAUAUAACAGAAGACGUGCACUCUAGCCUCCUCAAAGAUUGGUACCCGAUCUUGCUCAUAGCUGGUUAUAAUGUUUUUGAUUUGGUAGGGAAAACUUUGACUGCUUUUUAUAUUAUCGAGAAUGAGAAAAUCGCAGUUGGGGCUACAGUGGUCAGGCUGUUGUUUUAUCCAUUAUUCUAUGGCUGUUUGCAUGGGCCAAAGUUUUUCAGGACUGAGAUCCCAGUCACUGUGUUGACAUGCCUUUUGGGGCUUACAAACGGGUAUGUUACAAGUAUUUUGAUGAUAUUGGCUCCAAAGGCUGUUCCUUUGCAACAUGCUGAGAUGGCGGGGGUCGUGAUUGUGCUCUUUCUGGGUGUGGGGUUGGUUGUUGGUUCCAUUGUAGCGUGGUUUUGGGUCAUAUAAUUCGUUGUUUCCGGAGCAUUAUAAUGUAUGUUACGUUGAUUAGGGGCUCUUGUAAAUUAAAUAUCUUUCCUUACAAUUGUGUUAAGGAUUGUGCAAUCCAAAGUUUGCUGCAAAGAUGUGCAUGCUAGCCUCUGUGGAUGCUAAUCAUCUAUAAGACUGAUGGCGUAUUUUUCUCUUCCACUUAAAAUGGAUUGUAUUGAUGCUGUAUUUGCUAGUU